AUGACUUCCCGCGGCCGCAUCGACCCCGAGGAGGAGGCGCGCCACCGGCAGGUGAUGGGCAACCACGGCGUGCACGACGCCGACUGGGCGCUGUGCAAGGCGCUGGAGCAGUCCGACGUCCAGGCGGGGCAGAACAGGCUGCUGCUCACCAAGGAGCAGGUGCGUGGCGGCCCCAUCCCCAAGCUCUUCCCGGAGCUUGAGGAGCUCCGCGGCGACGGCCUGAACGCCCAGAACGCGGUCCCGGUCAAGCUCCUCGACGCCGACGGCCGCGAGAGGGACGCCCACCUCCGCUACCUCAACUCCUGCAAGGCGUACCGGGUCGUGGGGCACCAGUGGAGGCGGCUCGUGGAGGAGAGCGGCUUGUGCAAGGGAGACCGCCUCGAUCUGUACGCCUGCAGGCGCGGCGACGGCGACGGCGACCGCUGCCUCUUCGUGUUCAGGAGCUAG